CAUGAUUAAUUUGCGUGCUUCCAGGCUAUAUAAGAUAGGCGUUAACAAUUUCCGUCGUCGAUAAGGGAUAUAAAAAAGCGGCAUCACCUGCUCCUUACUUUUGCUUGUGUGAAAGGUGGGCACUUAUACCAGCCAAACAAUAAAUAUGCGGUACUUUGGCGUGUACAUAUUGCUGGCGGCGGGUGUUCUUCCUGUUCUGGCGGCGGGUUAUGCCAUACGCAAUAAGGACGCCUUGUGGCCCAACAAUACCAUUCCCUACAAAUUCUAUGGGCGUGAGACAUUCACUGCGAAACAAAAGGAUGUUGUUCGGGAAUCCAUGCAGACGAUCAGCCGGCUUACCGGCAACUGUGUGCAAUUUGUCGAGCACACAACGGAGGAUGACUACGUCGUGUUCAAGAAAAGCUUGUGGUGCUCAUCCAUGGUGGGGCGUCAGCGUGGCGAACAAGACGUAUCCUUAUCCACGGUCUGCUUGACCAGUCACCGAGAACCCUUACGCCAACUACUGCACGCGCUGGGAUUUUAUAACGAACACACACGCUCGGACAGAGACGAGUUCAUUACCAUUAACUGGGACAAUAUCCGCGACGAUUUAAGAAACGUUUUCGCCAUUGUGCCGGAUGGAGACACGCUGGGUCUGCCGUACGAUUAUCGCUCUAUUCUGCAUUAUCCCGUUCAUGCCUUCGCCACCGAUCCGCGUAUUCUCACCAUCGUGCCCAAGUUCCCAAAGGUCACCGAUGUGGGAACGCACGACGAAUUGAGCGCUCUCGAUGUAAUGAUGAUCGAGAGACUGUACGGGUGCCCGACAGCGGAGGAGAAGGCACCUGUUUCAACAUGGGACGAAUUGGUGAAUGUUGCAUAAAUGGCAGGAGGGUGGAGCGGGUUCCGGUAUUGCCAAGAGAAUUACAGCCAAAUACAUACAUACUUACCUUGUCUUUCAACGUAUAAGAAACUCUUGUAAUGUCGUAGUGCAUAAAGUACCGCUGAUUUGAGAGUGUGGGUAUAUUAUUUGCAAAUUGGUGACAGCUUUUGUAACAAGUAAAUAUUGAUUGGCUACUAUACUCGUAUACAUUAAUUAUAAAACUAUGAUGUCGUAGCAAAUUAAUUUGCUUUUGGCCGGGCUUACUUUGACAUCCGUGAUAUACGUCCUGUACACAGUGUACAGCACACGUGGUCUUCUGAAAUAAGCCGUCAUGUGUCGACACCUUCUUUCUACGAGCAUAUC